ACGUACACCUCUCCCUGCGUCGUCCUCCGUCUGACUUGGAACGCUAUAGACAUCCCGAUCGGCAGCGGUCUCCUGAGUGACGUCACUCUGGGUGACGUGUCUGAGAGGAAGGAAGCCGGAAGAGCUCGCGAGCCGUCGGUUGGAACUUUGGGCAGUGAGCUUGUCCUCGCGCUCUCCCCGUUCUCGCUUCACACCCAGCGCUGCCGGUAACGCCAUGGCGGCUCCAUCCGGCAACAAGAACCACGUCAUCCUCCUCCUCCUGAUAGUGGCCAGCGCUUCCCUGCCAGGCCCGGGGGCAGCCUUCUAUCUCCCCGGGCUGGCUCCAGUCAGCUUCUGCGAGGCUGGGAAAGAAAAUCCGGAAUGCAAGUCUGAAAUAGAGUUGUUUGUCAACAGACUGGAUUCAGUGGAGUCUGUGCUUCCUUAUGAAUACACUGCGUUUGAUUUCUGUCAAAAAUCGGGAGAAAACAGACCAUCUGAAAAUCUUGGCCAAGUACUAUUUGGAGAAAGAAUCGAACCCUCUCCAUACAAGUUUACAUUUAAAAAAGAUGAAAAAUGCACCCAUGUGUGUACAAAAAAAUUCAGUACACUCAAUGACAGCAAACAGAAGUUGGACUUCCUGAAAAAAAGUAUGCUCUUGAACUAUCAACAUCAUUGGAUUGUUGAUAACAUGCCGGUUACUUGGUGUUAUGAUGUGGAAGAUGGCCAGAAGUUUUGCAAUCCUGGUUUUCCUAUUGGUUGCUACAUUACAGAAAGUGGUCAACCUAAAGAUGCUUGUGUGAUAAAUGCUGAAUUUAAUGAGAGGGAUACAUUUUAUGUCUUCAAUCAUGUGGACAUAACAAUCUAUUACCAUGUAGUAGAGAAUGAGGGCCAAGGGUCACGAUUGGUGGCCGCAAAGCUGCAACCUAGAAGCUUCAGGCAUACGGACAUUAACAAGCCAGACUGCUCUGGGGCACCUAUGGAAAUAAAAAAUAAAGCUGCUGGUGAAAUAACCAUUCCAUUUACAUACUCUGUCUCUUUCCGGGAAGAAAAAAACAUUAGAUGGGCAUCAAGAUGGGAUUAUAUCUUAGAAUCAAUGCCUCAUACACACAUUCAAUGGUUUAGUAUUAUGAAUUCCUUGGUGAUUGUCCUGUUCUUGUCUGGCAUGGUUGCCAUGAUUAUGCUGAGGACAUUGCAUAAAGAUAUUGCAAGAUACAAUCAAGUAGAUUCUACAGAAGAUGCUCAGGAAGAAUUUGGCUGGAAACUGGUUCAUGGUGAUAUUUUUAGGCCUCCCAGAAAAGGCAUGCUGCUGUCUGUUUUCCUUGGCUCUGGCACUCAGAUUUUAAUUAUGACAUUUGUUACAUUAUUUUUUGCAUGCUUGGGAUUUUUGUCUCCUGCUAACAGAGGUGCACUAAUGACAUGUGCUGUUGUCCUAUGGGUCUUACUUGGUACUCCAGCAGGAUAUGUUGCAUCCAGGUUCUAUAAAUCAUUUGGUGGCGAGAAGUGGAAAACAAAUGUCUUGCUGACCUGCUUCCUUUGUCCUGGAAUCGUAUUUGCAGAUUUCUUUUUGAUGAACCUGAUUCUUUGGGGAGAAGGUUCGUCUGCUGCCAUACCAUUUGGUACCCUUGUGGCAAUACUUGCAUUGUGGUUUUGCAUAUCUGUCCCAUUGACCUUCAUAGGGGCUUAUUUUGGCUUUAAAAAGAAUGCCAUUGAACACCCUGUCCGCACCAAUCAGAUCCCUCGUCAGAUUCCUGAGCAAUCAUUCUACACAAAGCCAUUACCUGGUAUCAUAAUGGGAGGAAUUUUACCCUUUGGAUGCAUUUUCAUACAACUUUUCUUCAUUCUUAAUAGCAUUUGGUCACAUCAAAUGUAUUACAUGUUUGGAUUCUUGUUUCUUGUAUUCAUCAUUUUGGUCAUCACCUGCUCUGAGGCAACAAUAUUACUUUGCUACUUCCAUCUUUGUGCAGAGGACUAUCAUUGGCAGUGGCGCUCAUUCCUAACAAGCGGUUUUACUGCGGUUUACUUCCUUGUAUAUGCAGUACACUAUUUCUUUUCCAAAUUGCAAAUAACUGGGACAGCAAGUACUAUUUUAUACUUUGGGUACACAAUGAUCAUGGUUCUCAUCUUCUUUCUUUUCACAGGUACGAUUGGAUUCUUUGCCUGCUUUUGGUUUGUAACAAAGAUUUAUAGCGUUGUUAAAGUUGAUUGACAGGCAUGUGACGUUUUCAUUAUGGAUUGUCGGGCUUUUUUCAAGUUCUCUGAAGUUAUUUAAUUUACAGUAUUGUCAUCUACUUGUGGAAAGACAGUAACCCAAAAUACGCCCUCAUCAGGCAGCCUCAUUUGUUUUUAAACCUGUAUAUCUGAUUGUUUUAUUAAAACAUCUUUUUUUGCAUUGCAAUGUUCCCGUUGAAGAGCCAAUUUGAAGAUUGUAGUCAAUUGUGUGUGUAUAUAUAUAUAAACUCUACUGUAACUGAAAUUUACACAUCUAAAUGCAGAUGAGGCGACUAUUAAACAAAUAUCAAUUAUAUUAAUAAAAUAUGCUGUAAAUACAGUUUUGCGUUUAGACUCUAGGUGGGAUGAAUUAUUCUUCAAAGGAAGCAAGUUUUUUUACUUAAAACUUGCUUUCCCAAAUUGUUUUUUUUUUUUUUUGUUGUUUUUUUUUUUCCGCUUUCUUUUAUUCUGGUUGGAUUUUAUUUUUAUACUUGGUGAUAUGUACUUACCAUCCGUUUUUAUUAGGUUUAGUGAUUGAAGCCUUUAAAACUAUGUGCCUCUGAGUCCUUGAAUUUUUAAAUUUAUAAUCUUAAAUAAAUAUUGUAAAAACAUAA